ACUUGACUUGUGUUACGUUGAAUGAAGUUUGCUCGGUGAUUACGGGGAUUUAACGACGUGAGAACUAGCUAAAACCGGUUAAAAGGACUCACUGUGGAGACGCGGUUAGUUUGAAAUGUUUCCGCUCAGGUGUAAAGGUGAGUUAUUUCCUCUUAGGUUGAAGUUUUCUAACGCCAGUGAUAAAAACGAGGAAUCUGAAUGGCCAAUCAGAGCAGAGAAUGUUACAUCUCCAUGGUAACGCGGUAAGUUUGGGGAGGGGCAGCCUCGGUGUCAGGGUUCCUGGUUGUUUCAGCUGAAGAUUAAAGUGUCGGUGAGUUCCUGCUCAUUAUUACCUGUGUUUAUUGACAUCAACUAUUCACACCUGUCUAUCACCUGUCUCACGUGCCCGUCGGGUCUGGACUGCAGACAGAGUGCAGACCUGGACCGGGACCGUUAGGACAGUUCAGCAGUUCAGACAAUCACUGUAGGCUAUGGAAGCAAAUCUUUGUCAUAAUUCAGAUUAAAAUAAAUGAACAGACAUUUUCAGAAUGACUUAUUAAUAAAAUUCAAAAUAAAUAAUAUGAACUGCUUUUUCUUUUCCAAAACUGAUUAUUCUGUAACUUCAUUCAAAUGUUAAAGAAAAUUCCGUUUUAAGGUCCUUUCACACCAGGAACGACGCAAUAUACGACGCGAAAUUAAGAAAUAUUCAGAGGCAAAUUUUGACAUGUCUGACUAUACACAUAAAGCGCAAUGCAAUUUUGCGACUUUCUGGGGGAAAAAAGACACAUCCCGGGUGGAAGUGAGAAGACUGACCCUACAGCAGACUGAGUGUUUUUCAGUUCUGAUUAGACACUAGUGUUGAGAUGGCUGUCUGUCAUGAUAGCACGAACUGAGUCGGGGCCAGUAGCCUACCAGAAAAGCAUAUUAAACUAUAAUGCAUAAAUGUAAGCUAACAACCGAGACCUAAUGGUGCUGUGACAGCAACGCUGUGAUUGAGUUUGAGUUUACAGUGAAAAUACAUAUGGUAUGUUGUAUCUGAACAGGUUAGCUUACGAGCUAAGGUUACUUAGCACAGAUGAAAGUUCAAACAAAGACGUUUAGCAAACUGUUAAAGCACACAAACCAUCGUCGUAUGAAAAAACUGACCCUAUGACUCUCUACAAGUUGUCCUUAAGGUCGCUAUCUUUGUAAUAUUUGUGUUUUUUAUCGAAAAGCACUCUGUUCUCCGACAUGUAAACAAUCACCUGGUUGGCCAUGUUGGAUAUACCGGUGAAUCUGACGUUGCAACAACACGAAAUCUGAUUGGUCAGAAGCAUAGACUGUGUAUACUAUGGACAACUUGGUUUCGCCUCUCACCUGUAUACAGAUUUGAAGCCAAAAAGUUCACGGUAUUUCCAGGAUUUUUCUUCAUUUCCUCAAAACCAGCGCUGCACAGUAGCGUUGUACGCAUUCAGCGGGAGAGUCGCAGAGAGUCACUGUGAUGACGCUCAACUCAAACAGUGUAUCCCCCGGGUGAGCUGCGUAAUCCCUGAAUGCCAAAAGGGUGUAUCAAGUGUCAAUCAUAUAAAAAAACCCUAAUAACUGUUAAAAAUGGAGCUGUACAGAAAAAAAGAGGACUUGAGCACAAACUAGUCUGACAGUAACUACAUGUCAACAUCACAACCAGGGGGGAGAAACUUUUAUAUUCUGUGUCAUUAAUUUAUAAGGUUUGUCCACAGUUCCAUAAGCAGGCAGGAUUUAUGACCUAUACUGCAGCCCGUCACAAGAGGGCGCUGUUCUCAAAGUGGCUUCACCCAGAUAGGAGGCAGACGGCGUCCAUUCUAUAUACAGGCUAUAGUCAGAAGUGGACACACAGGAUGUAAAACUUUAGAAAAUUCGACCAUAAUCCGAAAAAAUAAAUGCCGCAAUAUCACAGGACGGGUAAACGUCGCUGAUGUGAUUGCUUGUAUUGACAGGACACGGGUUCAAAAAAAAUAUUGAUGUCCGAAAUAAUCGCACGGUAAAAAACGCUCCUGAUGUGUAAGGAACUUGAGAUUUAAUUUUCUAAAUAUGUCAGAGCAAAUAUGAACCAAAACUCAAUUCAAAAUGUCAAAUCUGAAAAUUCAAAUGCAUUUGUAGUUUGGAUUUUCCUUCCAGAGUCCAAGCUGAAUAAUCUGACUCAGAAAUAAAAUUAAGAAUAAAACAAACUGUAUUUUCAUUUUCUUAUUUGAGCUGCACAUUUCCUAACACAAUUCAAAAGAGAAAUCAAAUGGAUCAUUGCUUUUUCAUUUUCAUGUUCGCCUGUUGCUAUCCGAACUGUGCAAGUGCAAAUUUACUUCACCUUAAAAACUUAAUUUAAACUACCAAUCGAUUCAGAAACAAGCUGGCGAUGUAACAGGCUAGCUAGCAGGAGGCUCCAGAGCUAAUGCCGAGGUAUUCGCCAGAGCUCCUGCCCAGAACGGUGAGACCUUUUGGGCCACAGAGAGCGUCGCCACCCGGUCAAAUUCAUGGUUCUCUGACAUUUUAAAGUUUCAAAGGGGGGAUUUAUUACAUUUAUUUUAUACAUUAAAUUUAUUAACAAGAAUCUAAGAAUAAGUUUAUCUAUUUUCAUUUGAAUUAUGAUACAAAUUUGCUUCCAUACUGUAACAUGUUAAAACACAGUUCAGAGAAAUCAUGUUCAGAAAGUUGAGAAACUUUAUCAGAUAGUCUUUGGUAAACCUCUGUUCAUCAGUAUCACAGUUCUUAUCCUCUUCAAUAAUCAUGACCCCAGAGGAACCACCAAGAAGUUUCUCUCUGUUCAUUAAAUUAUCAAAUCAAAUCAAACUUUAUUUAUAAAGUGCUUUUUAGCUGUACAUAUGGACACUAAGAUAGUGAACCUGAGGGGGACUGAUCUGAUUUCUCCAAACCUGACCCGUACUUGCUGUAGGUCAUGGCGGGGACAUCGAGGCAUGAUCGAGAGAUGGAGAUGAACGCCAAGCGUCGACUGUCAGAGUGCACUGACCCGGUGGAGAGGCUCAGGCUGCAGUGUCUGGCCCGAGGAUCGUCUGGGAUUAAAGGUCUGAGCAGGUGAGCUCCACCACACUGAUAGAACAAACUAGUGCCUACAUUACCCACAAUGCAACAUGACCUACUGAUGUGUGUGAUAAAUAUGCAACAACCUCAGAGGCAAAGAAUUUUAACCAAUGCAGGAGUCCAAAUACCUGUAGUUCUUUUUUAUCCACUAGAGGUUGUCUCCUGCAGAAAACAGGUCCUACUCAACCCCACAUGGAAUAAACUCACCUAUUUACAUCAGAAUUUUUUUUUAAUUAACCUGUAAACAUCAGAUUAAGGAUUAAACUCACCUAUUUACAUCAGAUUAAGAGUAAAAUGUACCUGUUAGCAAUAGAUUAAGGAUUAAACUCACCUAUUUACAUCAGAUUAAGAGUUAAUUUACAUGUUAACAUUUGAUUAAGGAUUACUCUCACCUAUUUACAUCAGAUUAAGAAUUAAAUUGACCUGUUAACAUCAGAUUAAGAAUUAAACUCACCUAUUUACAUCAGAUGAAGAGUUAAUUUACCUGUUAACAUCAGAUUAAGGAUUAAACUCACCUAUUUACAUCAGAUGAAGAAUUAAAUUUACCUGCUAACAUCAUAUUAAGGAUUAAACUCACCUUUUUACACCAGAUUUAGGAUUAAACUCACCUAUUUACACCAGAUGAAGAAUUAAAUAUACCUGUUAACAUCCAAUGAAGGAUUAACCUCACCUAUUUACAUCAGAUUAAGAGUUGUUAAUCUGGAGAGAGUGCUUAACAGUAUUUUCAGAGGCUAAUGAGACUGAUAGGGCUGAAGAAAUUUAUAAAGCUGAUAAAGUUUGUUUAGAUAAUGACAGUGACAUUAUGAAGUUGAUGAAGUUAAUGAAACUGAUGAAGCUAAUGAAGUUAAUGAAGUCGAUGAAGGUGAUGAACUAACGAAGUUGAUGAAGCUGAUGAAGUCAAUGAAGCUGAUGAAGCUGAGGUCUCUGAGGUCUUCCUGCCUCCUAUAAACAGUGGCAGUAAACAGGCUGCAGGAUGUUGUGAUGCUGUUUGUGUCUCAAACUCAAUGUUGACUUGUGGUUCGUUGGUGUGACUCAUAACCUUCAUGUUCAAAAACCGUCGCUGCGUUAACACAACCACAUAUUUACUGUUUCCACUCAGACUGUUGACUUUGGUUUUAAAUGUUCUAAUCUGAACCAUACUGUUCUCUGCAGAGUAACUCUGCCAUAAAACUCUCUAAAUGAACCCAGCCUGGGGUUGAAAUUAACUUUGGGGUAUCACGUGGUUUAAAAUAAUGAGACUUCAUCCUCUUAAGAGUUUUACUUUGAAAGGUCGAUGAGAUUUACAGACACAUGUCUUCAUAUGGCAGAAAAACUCUUGGUGUGAGAGUUUGACAUAAAUAUGAAGUUCUAUAUUUGUCCUCAUCUCGUGCUGUUACAUGUGUAUUCAGGGUUUAUUCUAAUGACUCCCAGUUUAAAGGUGUUAUUCGUAAUAUCACUGUUAUGGUGUUCAUGUAGAAGUAAAGAAUUUGAUGCUUCUGUUGUAACUAAACUUCAAUUGAUCAAUACCAACUUUUCUAUGUGUUUGGACCGAAAUGCUUAUUUUCACCUGAGAGCUUUUAUAAUGUAGUAAACAGAUGAGGAAACAGAUAAAAAACAUGGAUAUUUAAUGCAAACUGACCUUGAUAGGAGGUCAAACUGUGUGAUAAAUGUACGUCGCUCUGUAACUGUGUAAGAGAAGGUUUUGCUGACAGAGGUGCCCUCAGACCAGAGCUGCACUAUAACAGCAUUAUUUUUAUCAUACUAUACUAUUAUAUAUUUUUGUAUCAUCCUAUACUGAUAUUUUUAUCAUAAUAUAAUUUGACAUUUUAUGAUACUAUACUUUGAUAUUUUUAUCAUACUAUACUAUGAUAUUUUUAUUAAUCUAUACUGAGACAUUUUUCAUACUACAAUAUAUUUUUUUCAUACUUUAUUUUCAUCAUUCCAUAAUAUGAAAAUUUAUUGUAAUUUUAUAAUUUUAUGAUACUUAACUGUGAUUUUGUAACAUACUAUACUUUGACAUUUUACCAUACUAUACUAUGACAUUUUUAUUAUACUAUACUCUGACAGUUAAUAAUACUAUACUAUUAUGCUUUUCAUACUAUGUAAUGUAAUGUACUGAUGUAAUGUAAACUAUAACAUUUUUGUCAUAUAACAUACUACAACAUUUUUUAACAAAUUAUACUUUGACAUUUUUAUCAUACAACACUGAUGUUUUUAUCAUACUAUACUGCAUUUUUUUAACAUACAGUAAUAUAACUUUUUUUUAAUUAUACCAUACUAUGACAUUUUUUAUCAUACUUUACUAUAACUAGUUUACUAUGACAUUUUUGUCAUCAUACUAUACUAUAACAUUUUAAUCAGACUAUACUUUGACAUUUUUUGACAUACUAUACUAUGACAUUUUUAUCAUACUAUACUAUGAGAUUUUUAUCAUACAAUACUUUGAUAUUUUUAUUAUACCAAACUAUGACAUAUUUUAAAAUACCCUCCUAUGACAUUUUCAUCACAUGAUACUCUGGCAUUUCCUUAUAAAACCAUACUAUAGCUUUUUUGUAUUAAAUUUACUGUGACAUUUUUUUAUCAUAUUAUACUAUGACAAUUUUUUUGUGCUACACUUUGUCUUCUAUGACAUUUUGUUAACAUACUAGACUUGACAUUUUUAUCACACUAUACUAUGAUAAUUUGUAAUAAUUUCAUACAAUUAUAAUUUCAUCAUACAAUACAAUGACUUCUAUACUAUGAUAUUUUUAAAUCAUAUUACACUAUGGCAAUUUUAUGAUACAAUACUAUGGCAUUUUUAUCAAUCAACACUUUUGAUAUUUGUACCAUCAUGUCACCACUAUGACAUUUCUUAACAUACUAUAUGCGUAUUUAUUAUACUGUAUUAUGAUGUUUUUAUCAUACUAUACUUUGAUACUUUUAUCAUCCUAUACUAUCACUUUCUUUAACAUACUAUACUAAAACAUUUUUUCAUCAUACCAUACUAUGACAUUUUUUUAUCAUACUAUACUAUGAAAUUUUUAAGAAACAAUACUAUGACAUUUUUUUCAUGCUGUAUUAUGACUUUUUUGUCAUACUAUACAAAAACAUGCAUAUUAUAUUGUAUUACAACAUUUUUUAACAAAAUAUACUAAGACACAUUUAAUAAUACUACACCAGGAAUUUUUAACAGACUUUAUUAUGACAUUUUUAUUAUACUCAAUAAUGACAUUUCAAUCAUACUAUACGAUUAAAUUUUUAUUAUUCUGUAACAUGACUUUUUUUUACAUGCUAUACUGACAUUUUUAAUAUACUAUACUAUGAUAUGUUUCAUUUUCUGACAUUUUUGAUCAUAUAAUACAGAGACAUUUAUAACCAUACUAUAUAUGUUAGUAUUUUUUAUCAUACUGAACUAUGCCAUUUUUUAACACACUAUACUAUGACUUUUUUAUUAUACUAUACUAUGAAAUUCUAUAUACUAUGAUAUUUUUAAGAAACUAUACUAGGACAUUUUUUUCAUACUGUAAUAUUACAUUUUUUAAUAUACUAUUCUAUGACAUUUUUAACAAAUUGUACCCGGGUUGCUGCCUGGAAAGACUUGUAUUCUCCUGGUGACUUUGGCAAUCUCAGUGUGGAUGCCUGUAUGAAAAAGUUUGAUUCUCUUUGCACUGAGAUCUUAGACUCCAUUGCGCCGAUGACUUUGAAGCAUGUUAAGCCACAGAUUGAGCCGUGGCCAAAUGAGUCCACUCAUGCGCUCAGACGCGCAUGUCGACAGGCGGAGAGAAAGUGGAAGAAAGUCAGUCUCCAGAUUUCUAGGGAUCUCCUUCGGGAUUGUCUCGUUAAAUAUCAGCAGGCCGAUAAAGCUGCAAAAGCGGAAUAUUUCUCCACUCUUGUCUCCAAAAGUGCGCAUAAACCUCAGGUUCUUUUCAAUGUCUUUGAUUCACUUGUGAAUCCCUGUGAUGCUGUCUCUGUGGAACCAUCUGCUUCUCUGUGCGAGGAGUUUUUGCGAUUUUUUUGUCAAUAAGAUGUCUGCUCUGAGAUCUCCACUCCCUCAGCCUGCUCUAGACCCCUCAGCUUCUGCAGUAAGCUAAGCUGUUUUCCACCAGUUUGAGCCUGUUUCUUUUCCUGCACUGGCUGAGAUAGCAGAGCACUUGUGCCCUGCCACCUGCCCAUCUGACAGCAUCCCUUCCCGCCUGCUUAAAGAGGUUUUUAGCUCAGUUGGGUCUUUUAUCUUGUUUCUUAUAAAUCUGUCUCUUAGUUCUGGAUGCGUCCCAUCCUCUUUUAAACAUGCCACAGUGCAGCCUCUACUAAAAAAGAAAACCCUGGAUCCCCUGUCGCUUUCUAACUUUAGGCCAAUUUCUAAGCUCCUGUUUAUUUCCAAGGUUUUAGAAAAAGUUGUUCUUGGCCAAAUACAACAUUUUUUAGAUCAAGCCAAUAAUGGUGAGCUGUUCCAGUCAGGUUUCAAGCCUCUUCAUAGCACUGAAACUGCUCUUUUAAAAGUUUUUAACAAUCUUCUUUUAAAUCUUGACUCGGGUGAUUGUGCCUUCUUAAUGCUUCUGGACCUUACAGCAGCAUUUCAUACGGUGAACCACUCCAUCCUCUUAUCACGCCUUGAGCACACUGUAGGCAUUAAAGGCCCCGCUCUAGAAUGGUUUAAAUCCUACCUUGCCGACAGAUCCUUCAGUGUACAAUUGGGGCAGUACUCCUCCUCAGUGGUCCCUCUAACCUGUGGAGUCCCUCAGGGGUCAGUUCUAGGCCCUUUGCUGUUCUCCCUUUACAUGCUACCCCUGGGGUCAAUAUUUAGGAAGCACGACAUCCACUUCCAUUGCUUUGCUGAUGAUGUGCAGGUGUACCUGCCGCUAAGAGCCCCCUCCAAGGAAUCCCUUCAGGCUGUGUUCAACUGUAUGAGGGAUAUUGAAACAUGGAUGGACCUGAACUUUUUAAAAUUGAACGAAAACAAAACUGAGAUUGUCCUCUUUGGCAACCCUGACACCGUCCAGGUCCUUGCCGGCUCCCUCGGCCCCUUAGUACCCUAUAUAGGUUCCCAGGCCAGAAACCUAGGUGUUAUUGUUGAUGGGGCUCUUAAGCUGGACAAGCAGAUCAGCUCCGUCGUGAAGGCUAGUUUUCUUUAGCUUCGGCUACUGGCAAAAAUCAAGCCUUAUCUUAGGAGGCCAGAUCUGGAAAAGGUUAUCCAUGCUUUUAUCUCGUCUCGCCUUGACUAUUGUAACUCGUUGUAUUUUGGCAUCAGCCAAACUGAAAUUAACCGCCUACAGCUUGUACAAAAUGCUGCUGCUCGUCUCCUGACUGGAGCCAAGAAACGGGAGCACAUCUCACCGGUGCUCUCCUCACUUCACUGGCUCCCAGUCAAGUUCAGGAUUGAUUUUAAGAUUCUUUUAUUUGCUUUUAAGUCUUUGCACAGGCUGGCCCCAGAAUAUUUAUCUGACCUUGUCAAGGCGCACCGACCCGCCAGAUCCCUGAGGUCUGCUGACCGGAUGGUCUUAGAUGUGCCGAGAACCCAGCUUAAAAGCAGAGAGGAUCGGGCAUUUGCUGCUCCCACACUGUGGAAUGCCCUGCCUCAGUCUGUGCGUUCUGCAACCAGCCUCACCUCCUUCAAAACGCACCUUAAAACCUACCUGUUUACCCUAGCUUUUGGUUGUCAAUUGCUUUUACUCGCGUACGCUUUUCUGUUAUUGUUGUUAUUGUAUGUUUCCCUUUUAAUGUUGCCAUACUUGUAGGUUUUAUUAUUUUAUGUUUUUCUCCUAUAAAGCACUUUGUCUGGCCUGUCCUAUAAAUGUGCUAUAUAAAUAAACAUGACAUUGACAAACGUGACAUAUACUAUGACAUUUUAUUUUUUUUAUUUUUUUUUUUUUUGGGGGGGGGUUCCUCAAUAAACAUGGGGAGAUAAGAGAGAUUAUGAAGAACAUAGUUGGGGUUGGAUUUGAACCCAUGACUGCUGCACACACCAUGUUUCCUUGGCAUGUGCACUAACCCACUCAGCCACUUGCAAUCCCACUGUACCUAUCAUACUAUACUAUGACAUUUUGAAAGUAUUUUUUUUUCCCCUAAAUGGAUGGGAAACAUGGGGAGAGAGAGAAAGAAUGGGAAGGUUAUGCAGAGCAUGAUUAGGGUUGGAGUCAGACCCAUGACCACUGCAAAGACUGUGAUCCCCAUGCCUGCGCAAUCAACCGCUCAACCAUCUGCAAGCCUAUUGCACUGUAACAUUUUUUAACAUACUGUACUAUGAAAUUUUUUAAAGAUACUGUACUAUGACAUUUUUGUCAUGCUAUACUAUGUUUUUUUUUAUACUUGCUAUAUCAUGACAUUUUUUUCAUACUGUAAUAUGAAAUUUUUUAACAUACUAUUCUAUGUCAUUUUAUCAAACUGUACUAACAUUUUUUUACAAACUAAACUGACAUUUUUUUUAUCAUAAUCUACAUUGACAUUUUUUUAUCAUGCUAUACACUGACAUUUUUAUCAUACUAAACAUUUUUUGGAAAAACAUUUUUUUCAAAACUAUACUAUGACAUAAUUAUCAUAGUAUACUAUGACAUUUUUUCACACUUACAAAUAAUUUUAUUUUCAUAGUGAAAUAUGAACAUUUUUAAUAUACUUUACAAUGACAGUUUUAUCAUAUUAUCCUUCAACUUUUUUAUAGUGAAAUAAAAUUGUUUUUCACUAAAAUAUUAAUUUUAUCAUUCUAUACUAUGAUUUUUUUUAAUAUACUGGAAUAUGAAUUUUCUUUCCAUACUGAAAUAUAAAAUUUUAAACAUACUUUACUAUGACAUUUUUAUCAUUCCAUACUAAGAAAUUUUUUUUCACACUUAAAUAUAAUUUUUUUGAAUGGGUCGUUGGACGCGGACUUAAAAACUCCGAAAAGUAAAAGAAAACAAAGUGCAAGAGUCAUGAAAUGCACAUCCAUGGUUGGAAUAUGCAAGACACAACACUGCUAAAAGAAAGAAAAACAAAUAAGGUGCCAAAAAACAACAAUAAGAAGGCAAAAACGUAAAGUCUGUGAGGAGCUGCUGUGACUUGCUGCCACUCUCAGGGCGCUCGAGUCACAUAAUCUGGGUUUUGAGAUUUUCACCCAUUUUGAAAGCUCUUUUCAAAAGGUGUCUCCUCUGCAGCCAGAGGUACCCACGAUAAACUACUUUAAGACCACUGUACAACUUUCCAUGAUGAGGCUUAGUCUGGCAAUUAUUGUCUGUCUUGUAUGGCAACAGCACCCCCUCAAAAGACAAGUAGGGCUUUUUUUUUUUUUUAAACCUUUAGAAAGACCAUAUCAACAAAUCAUCUGUUUAGGUUUCAAAGGGUGUGGCCAUGGCGUCCUUUCAAACUCUGACAUCUGGAAAUGACCUACAACAUUCAAAGGUGGUCACAGGUACCAACCUUCAUAAAGGUUCGGGCUGCUGUGAAGAGCAUUGCACCGGGGUUGGCAGGUGGUGCGAAAUGGUGGCAGUGCGCAGGGGAAGUGAUUUACAGAGGUAGCGGCGCGACACUGCUCAGGCCCAUUGGUGCCCCCGUGGGACGCUAGUUUUCAUUGGUUCUUUUGUUGCGCUGCUCGGGUUUUUCGAGUUCUGAUGUUGUUGGGUCAGAGUGUUGCUCCAGUUUUCGUUGUUGUUUUGUGCAAUGGUAGUUUUCCUCAGGUUCUCGUCUCUCAUGUCUUCUUGUUUAGUUCUCUGAGUUCUUACUUCGUUCUUUCUCUCGUUUGUAUUUUAAAGACUUUUAACGAUGUUAUUUUAAUAAUUAUUAUUAAAGUGCUAUCAUACUGACCUAAGCUGUGUGUUUGUGUGUGUUAGGACCUUCAAAAUAAUGGAUGACGAUAAAAACCGCUCCCUGGACCUGAGGGAGUUUCUGAAGGGUUUGAAUGAUUACGGGAUCCUGAUUGAGAAACAGGAAGCCACAGAUCUGUUUCAGCUCUUUGACCGUGAUGGAAAUGGGACCAUAGACUUCGACGAGUUCCUGAUCACUCUAAGGGUAAGGACCAGUCAGGGAGCAGAGAGUCGGGUUGAUCUGGACUGAUGUGAAUUUCAAGAUUCAGUUGUGAGGUUGAUUCGAAUACAUGCAGAACAUGAAACUGCUGAUGAUCAAAUAUCAAUCUGCUAACUGCAGCCGCAGAUGUCCAAGGCCAGGAAGGAGGUGGUCAUGCAGGCAUUUCGGAAACUGGACAAAACGGGUGAUGGGGUGAUCACCAUCGAAGACUUGCAGGGGGUUUACAACGCCAAGUACCACCCCAAGUACCAGAACGGGGAGUGGACAGAGGACCAGGUGUUCAGGAAGUUCCUGGACAGCUUUGACUCUCCAUACGACAAAGAUGGAAAGGUAAGACACACCAGCAGGGUCAGCACCUCAUCUGAGUUUUAAAACCUUCAUAUUUCUGUCUUUAUUUUGAAUUAAAUCUCACCUCAGGCUGAAGGAUCGGAGGUUUUCUAAGCUGUAAACACAGACGACUGAAACAGGACAUGAGUGUUAGGAGGACAAACUGAUCAAACUCGUUUUCAAAGCUGGGACAGUUUACAGAACAAGGAGGAGAAGAGGGUUUACUGACUGUUUAUGAGUCGGUAACUAUCGUCUGCACUCGGACUCAACAGCGUUGAGCGUUUAGUUUCUUUGUUAUUUUUUUAUGUGACUUUGUUUUUACAUUUGAACCUAACCUCCAGUCUUUCCUCAUUUUGAAUUUGCUGCUCUUUUAAGGUCUCUGUCUGGGUUAAAGUUCGUUAAAUGCUAACGUUAAAGUCUACCUGAGUGUCCCCAGGGACAUGUCCUAAUCUGAUGUACAGGUGUGUUGAUGCUGGUGUUACUCUCUGAAGGUGACCCUGGAGGAGUUCAUGAAUUAUUAUGCUGGUGUGAGUGCGUCCAUCGACACAGACGUCUACUUUAUUGUGAUGAUGAGAAACGCCUGGAAACUCUGAGCUAGCUCUGGUAAACCGGCCUGUGGGGGGCGCUGCAGGUCUCUGUUUCACUCUGUUCUUCCUGUUUCCUCACAGGGGCGGAGCUUCAGAUGGGAAAAAGACUCUCAGAGCGGGGAACUGUCGCUUUAAGAUCAGGACUCAUGGGGACAGACAGGAGGACAGACAGAAGGACAGACAGAGGGACAGACAGAGAGACAGACAGGGGGACAGACAAAAGGACUGACAGAGGGACAGACAGGAGGACAGACAGAAGGACAGACAGAGGGACAGACAGGAGGAAAUACAGAGGGAUGGACAGAACUACAGAAAGGAGGGACAGACAGGAGGACUAGUACAGACAGUAUUACAGACAGUGGUACAGACAUUAUUACAGACAGUAUUACAGACAGUGGUACAGACAGUAUUACAGACAGCAGUACAGACAGUAGUACAGACAGUGGUACAGACAUUAUUUCAGACAGUAGUACAGACAUUAGUAUAGACAGUGGUCUGGUGUUCUGGGGCCUCAUGUAUCAACACUUGCGUGGGACUCAUACCAGAAACGAGCGCGCAAGGUCCAUCACGCUGAAAAAAAUCCGUAUGUAUCAAGGUGUGCGGGCGCCAAAAGCCACAUGUGUUUCCUUGAUAAAUCCCAAUCAGCUUGGAAUUAAGCGCAGAUGUCGGAGUGACCGGGCCCGCCCCCGUUACGCCAUCCUAUAAAUAUGCAGAUUUAUUUAAAUAGGGUCUCCCUGUCCUCGCACGCAGACAAAAUGACAAGAAAAACUAAAUUGGCGUGCGAGGUGGAGGUGCUGGUGGUGGAGGUGGAGGAGCGACAGCGUGUUUUGUUUGGCAGCCUGUCCAGUGGAGUCAGUGCAAAACGAAAACGCUUGGAGUGGGAGAAAGUUUGCGAGAGGGUGAACGCGGUGGGUUCCGAGACACGCACCGCCGCGGAGAUUAAAAAAAAGUGGUCGGACCUCAAGGUGGAGGUCAAGCGGCGUACAGCUGCCCUCCGGAGGAGUACCGGCCAGACAGGUGGGGGUCCGGGGGAGGAGACCCUCACGCCGUUUGAGCAGCGGGUGGUAGUGAUUAUUAUUAUAGGGUAAGUGGCGUGUCACAUAAAUGUCCACAUGCUUUGCCAUCCCACUGAGCAAAAGACGUAUAUAAGACGUCUAGUCUAAGUUUAUACUUCAUUUUAACGUCGGGAUUCAACUGCAGCUACUGGCCUCAGCCUGUGGUUUGAAUAGGAGCGCAGUAUUCUGUUGGAGCGUUUUAGCUCUCCCUGGUGAUUUAGUAGCUGAUAACAGUCCAGAGUUAGUGUGUUGCACUUUGCACCAGUAUCUAUUCUGAACCGCACCUCCUGUGAAAGAAAAUAGAUGCUCACCACCCACUUGUCAUCUGCUACUAUGGCUACUGGAGUGUCUUCCUGUGUCAGGCUUAUAUCCAACAUUGCUUCAUGUUGUUGUGGGUCCUCUUCGGUGGACUCCACACUCACUGAGCUCAAGGCACGGCUGCGACACACUGCUGCCCAGUGGUUUAGUUUGUGACAGUAUGAACACGUGGAACCUUGUGCAGGACAUUUUCCUUGAUUCCAUGGAUGCUGGGGGUUUUUCCCACAUUUCAGGCACUUAUUUUGAUUUCCUGCAGUCUGUUUUUGUUGAACAGGCUUAGGCUGCACAUAGCUCUGUGGCUUUUUAUUGUAGACUGUGAGCUUUGGUCUGGUGGACACAGUUGACACUUGUAAAUCUUCCUCUCUGACAAUCAUCAUUUGUUUUUGCGACAUUUUGAACUGCUGGGGGAUUUCUAUGGCCUUAGCCAGUGUUAGUUCCUCCCCUUUAUCCAACAGUCUUUCCUGGACACGUGUUUCCUUUACUCCCGCUAUUAUUGCAUCAAUCAGCAUGUCAUCUGAGUCUGCAUACUCACAGUCCAUCAGUAGAAGCUUCAAAUCCUUCACAAAGUGGUCGAAGCCCUCAGUGGCACCCUGUUUCCUUUGCUUGAAACGAGUCUAUUUUGAGACAUGAUUUUUACCUCGCCCUUAACUUCAUUUUUCGAUAACUUUUUAUGCAAUAAACAAAUGUGCAUAACUGACCUCUAAAUACUGGAUUACCUUACCUAUGAUACCGUGGAGAGAGAUGUAAACGCAACAGAUACACAGAAGCAGGAAUUGAAAUGAACCAAUAUUUUUAUUGUGUCACAGAAAUCAAUGUGUCGGCUUGCGGAACCCCGGCCCGCGGCAGCCCGUCCGCCGGCUUGGAGUCGUCGGCCAGGACCAGCGGCAUUCGGGCCACCCCUGUAAUAUACUUAUAAAGUGUGUAAAAUGACAGAGGUCUACGGGCAUGAUACAUUCGAGUGCUGUUUAUUCAGACGCUGCCGCGAUAACAACUACGCAGGCGCAGAGGGACAAACUAGACAGUCACAGGCUCGCGGCUACGGAAGCCCACAAGGCGAAUCAUGCACAAUACAUUACAUCUCCCCUCUUCUGUAAGAAGACUAGUAGUGCAACGGAGAAAUAUAACAGUACACUUGCGUUCUGGCAGGCACAAACAACUUUCUUUUUUUUUUUUUAUAACUCGUAGCUUAUGUUUACAGAACAACAAAAUAAAAAUAAUGCUUCUGCUUAUUCAAACACAAAAUAAACAUACUGUCAGUCCCAUAAAUGUCCGCACUCAACAACAACACACAAUUUAAGUCACAAUACUGACUUGGAAGGAGAGGUUACUAGCACAUCACUUCCAUAAGGCAUCUUUACCAUGCCUGUCCCUGACUGUUAAAUUGACUUUAAUACAAAUUAUAAAUCAAGUCUAUCAGGGGGUUUCACAACUCUGCCGCGCCUGGUAGUGUACAGUUCACCUGGCUGGCCUGGCAGUGCUUGCACAGACCUCGGUCGUCCCCUGCAUGGCGAAGGGCGCGGUUCUGGAAGGUCUGGAGGAUGUGCUGGUACUGAAGAUCGCGCCGGUGUAGCUGGUACUGGAUCAGGCAGCUCAGUCCACGGCUCGGUGAACAGCUCAUGUCGUGACUGGUUGGCAGCUGAAGUGCUUUUCCGAAGGUGUUGGCUGUUUCCGCGGAACUGCUUGCCUCCACUCUCCACGAUGUAAGAGCGUGGAGCACUGUGAGGCUGAAGCACAACUCCAGGGGUCCACCUGCUGUGUCCCGGAUACGGUGCCAUCCGGACCUCCUCUCCAGGCUGCAGGGCAGGGCGGGGGUUAGAUGCCCUCUUACGGUCAUAGUAGAACUUCUGUGCAACUUUGGUCCUGUGGAGCAGGCGCUUUACUGACAGGGAGUUAUAGGCCAUGGGUGUAAGCAGCGCACGAGCAGCAGGCAGUUUGUUGCGAGGCCUUCUGCCCAUGAGCAGCUGGGCUGGUGACAGGCACACGGACUCCAGUGGAGUGGUUCUGUAAUCCAGUAGUGCCUGGUGCUUGUCUGACGCUAUACUCCAAAGUCUCUUAACUGUUUGCACCCCCCUUUCCGACUCGCCAUUAGAAUGUGGCGUCUGUGGAGAUGAGGUCUUGUGCAGUAUGCCAUAACUCUCGCAGAACUCUUUGAAUUCUUCUGAUGAAUACUGCGGGCCUCCAUCUGUUCGCAGGAUGGAGGGAAUCCCAUGUCUAGAAAAUUGAGCCUUCAGAGCCCCAAUCGUAGAUAAGCUGCGCAGAUCCUUCAGUUCAUCUACUUCGAUGUACUUCGAGUAGUAGUCCACUAAUAUAAUGUAGUGUUUGCCUUCAACUCGAACAGGUCCGAGGCCACUUCUUCAAAUGGUAGCUCUGGAGUUUCAGUUGGUUUAAGUGGCUCUCUGGGAAGUCUGUUUUGGAUCUCAGCACACUUGCAGCAAUUCCUGAUCAUGUUUUCAAUUUCAGCGCUCAUGCCCGGCCAGUAUAGCACCUCACAAGCUCGCUGUUUGCUUUUCACCAUUCCUAGGUGAGACUGGUGUAUGAGCUUCAGCAUGUGUGCUCGCAUGGUGGGAGGCACCACAAUACGCAAGCCCUUGAACACUAUGCCAUCACACACAUUCAAUUGGCUUCUUGAGUCCCAGUAUGCCUGAACAGGAAUGGGCACUUCUCUUCGACGACUCGGCCAGCCUUGCCGAAUUAUCUGCUGGAGAAGGCCCAACUCCUCGUCUGAGUGUUUUUGAAGUUCUAAGUAUUUCUGCUCACUCACCGACACAAAGUCGAGCAUGGAGACACACUCCAGGUUUCCUGCCUCUGGUGUGCUGUCCCUCAGCUGCGCUCUGGACAAGGUGUCCGGCAGCUCCAUGUCCUUUCCUCUUCUGUAUUUCACUGUGAAAUCGUACCACUGUAGCCGCAGGCGCAUUCUCUGAACGCGCAUAGGAGUAGACAACAGCGGCUUCUUGUGAAUAUCCUCAAGUGGCUUGUGGUCGUUCUAUAUUGUGACGUGUCUACCAAACAUGUAAUGGUGAAACUUAAUGCAGGCAUGGACAAUGGAGAGCAUUUCCUUCUCAAUUUGCGCAUAGCGCGUCUCUGCUUCCGUCAGUGAUCUGGACGAGAAGGCGACAGGAUGGUCGUCCUGCAGUAACACCACUCCCAGUCCAGUGCUGCUGGCGUCACUGUAAAUCUCCACAGGCUUGGCUGGGUCAUAAUAUUUUAGCACCGGAGCUUGUAUACAUAGCUGUUUGAGCUCUUCGAAUGCUUUUUGUUGUGCUGGCUGCCAUCUGAACUCAACGUCGUUCUUAAGGAGCUGUCUCAGCGGAGCGUCAACCUCGCUUAGAUUUGGAAUGAACUUAGACAGGUAGGUCACAAAACCCAGGAAGCGACGGACACCGUCCUUGUCCGUAGGUGGUGGCAUGCACCUCACUGCUUCCGUUUUUGCAGGGUCCGGCUUCAGACCAUCAGACGUGAUUAGGUGACCCACAUAUGGCACUGUCAACUGGCGAAUGUGACACUUUUCAAAGUUAAGCUUAAGAUUGUAGCUUGUGGCUCUCUCGACUACUUUGCGAAGUAUUGAGUCAUGUAAUGCCAUUGUGGGAGCUGCAAUCAGGAUGUCAUCCAUGACGGCUGUGGCUCCAUCAAUUCCUUCAAGCAUCUGAUCCAUGAUGCGCUGAAAUAUCUCUGGUGCACUUUUGAUCCCGAAGGGCAGUCUCAGCCAUCUGAACCUCCCAAUUGGAGUGUUGAAUGUUGUGAGAAAGGAUGAUGCUUCAUCCAGCUCUAUCUGGAGGAACCCAGAUUUAGCAUCCAAGACUGAGAAUACUUUUGCACCUGGUAUGGUGGAAAUCACUUCUUCUAUGGUGUGCAUUGGGUGGUGUUCCCUUUUAAUUACUUUGUUCAGGUCACUUGGAUCUAUGCAGAUCCUUAUCUUGUCCUUGCGUGUGACAACCACCAUAGAACUGACCCACUCUGUGGGUUGGUCCACUUUUGUGAUGUAACCAUCUCUCACCAUCUCAGUCAACUUGUCUCGUAUCUUUUCUCUGAGCGCCGCUGGUUGCCGACGUACUGGAUGCACAACACCCUUUGCAUCUGGAUCAAUUUUAAUUGUGUAUUUUCCUGGCAAAGUCCCUGUAGUGCGUGCCAGCUCUGGAAAAUCACGCAGGCCCACAGGUACAUUUGGUUUCUGUGAGGCAUUCGCAGUGUUCACCUUGCACCUAUUGAUGCCAUCCUGCAGGGAGUCGAGUCGAACAAUUAGGCCUAAAGCCUCAGCAGUAGCACCACUGAGCACAUUCUCUUGUGCAAUGUGCAUUAUCUCCAGCUUCGCUUUGGUCUCCCUGUCCUUGUAUGUGAGUGAAAGGUCAACUGCAGCUACUGGCCUCAGCCUGUGGUUUGAAUAGGAGCGCAGUAUUCUGUUGGAGCGUUUUAGCUCUCCCUGGUGAUUUAGUAGCUGAUAACAGUCCAGAGUUAGUGUGUUGCACUUUGCACCAGUAUCUAUUCUGAACCGCACCUCCUGUGAAAGAAAAUAGAUGCUCACCACCCACUUGUCAUCUGCUACUAUGGCUACUGGAGUGUCUUCCUGUGUCAGGCUUAUAUCCAAUAUUGCUUCAUGUUGUUGUGGGUCCUCUUCGGUGGACUCCACACUCACUGAGCUCAAGGCACGGCUGCGACACACUGCUGCCCAGUGGUUUAGUUUGUGACAGUAUGAACACGUGGAACCUUGUGCAGGACAUUUUCCUUGAUUCCAUGGAUGCUGGGGGUUUUUCCCACAUUUCAGGCACUUAUUUUGAUUUCCUGCAGUCUGUUUUUGUUGAACAGGCUUAGGCUGCACAUAGCUCUGUGGCUUUUUAUUGUAGACUGUGAGCUUGGGUCUGGUGGACACAGUUGACACUUGUAAAUCUUCCUCUCUGACAAUCAUCAUUUGUUUUUGCGACAUUUUGAACUGCUGGGGGAUUUCUAUGGCCUUAGCCAGUGUUAGUUCCUCCCCUUUAUCCAACAGUCUUUCCUGGACACGUGUUUCCCUUACUCCCGCUAUUAUUGCAUCAAUCAGCAUGUCAUCUGAGUCUGCAUACUCACAGUCCAUCAGUAGAAGCUUCAAAUCCUUCACAAAGUGGUCGAAGCCCUCAGUGGCACCCUGUUUCCUUUGCUUGAAAUGAUGGCGUGCUAUUCUUUUGUUCUUCCUCGGCCGUAUAUAGCCGGCAAACUUGUCCAAAACUUUGACCGGAUCUUGUUUUUCACAGUCGUCGGCCCAGUUUAACGUCCUGUAGAUCUCCCUGCCUUGUUCGCCUAUCCACGUUCCCAGCCAGCCCGCUCGUUGUUUUGGUACGAGCUCCGAGAGGGGACCGGCGAAAACACAAUCAACGUGGCUGCGGAACCUCUCAAACUCUUGAUAUAAAUCCGCAGCUUCCCAGUCAAUCUUGGGGUCGCCAUCAUGGUCGCCAUCCCACUUCUGACACCAUGUAAUAUACUUAUAAAGUGUGUAAAAUGACAGAGGUCUACGGGCAUGAUACAUUCGAGUGCUGUUUAUUCAGACGCUGCCGCGAUAACAACUACGCAGAGGGACAAACUAGACAGUCACAGGCUCGCGGCUACGGAAGCCCACAAGGCGAAUCAUGCACAAUACAUUACACCCCGGCCCCCGGCCCCAGCACCAGCACCAGCAUCAGCACCAGCGCGCCGACAAGCGGUGGAGCGUCCACCAGCCGCGGCGCUUCCACUGGACCACCAGGACGCAGUGGAGGGGUCCUCGCGGAGGGGGUCCUGCAAUCGCAGGAAGAAAUCAUCAGGGGGAUCGCGGGGAUCAACGAGCGGCUGGACCGGCUCGUAAAUGUCCUCGAGCGUCUGGUGGAGAAAAUAAAUUAAUUUGGCUCAUUGAACUGUGUAUUCACUUCUUACCCAUUCACACUGUGGCGAUGAGAUUCUCCCGCGCGAGGACGGCGGCCCGGCAGGGAUCAGCUCGCAUCCCUCCGUCUGCUGCUGGUUCGUCAUGUGGGGCGACGUGCUGCUCGGCCACGGGGAUGUGGUGCACGCUCGUCACAUAGUGAGUCACCAAACACCGCCACACAGCGUCGCCAAAGUGCGAAUCACAGUCAACGCAAGUAUCAGCUCAAUGCCAACUUCUACACCACCUCCUAACUUUGCGUUGAUUAGCGCUGGAACCGACGCUCGUUUCGCGAUGAUAAAUCUGGACGUGUGCACCGAUUUUGGCGUACACAAGGUUUUCUUGCGCCGCAAGCGUUGAUACAUAAGGCCCCAGAUCAGCUGUUUCCAUCCAAAUCCGUUUGCACUGUGAGAUUUCCUCGAUUAUUUCUUUGCUGUUUUUUGUCAAGACUCAGCUUUACAUCUUUAUAUCUUUAUUCAGUGAGAUGUUUUCUGACAGACUCCAUGUCCUCCUACGUCUUUGUCCUCAAAUUAAAGGUUCUCUGAUUAUUGUCAGGGAUCUCACUUUUAACCUUCUUAAUUUCAUCAAUUAUUAGAUUACUAUUCAAAUUAAGGACUGAACCCUUUUAAUUUCCACAUGACCCUGAGCCGAAAACAGCUCACACUAAUACUGUUUUUUUAAUAGAAUAUUACGAUAUUAAUACCUGUUACUGCGCUGGCAGAAUACCCACAUAGUUAAAACUCUGACUGCAUUAAUAUCAUUCCAGGUUUUUAAAACCCUGAUGACACUCACCAGGACUCUCCAGUUUAUAUUUUAUUAAAUGAAAAUGUAAAUUUAAAAAGUUUGCAUUGACAGCUUGUUACUGAUUUUGAACCUCUGUCGUCUCUGUGUUAGUGAGCUUGUUUUAUGAUUCUCACUUUCUGAGUUUUAAUUUUAAUUAACAGACAGAAGUGAAGAAUAGGAGGUUUUAUUUUUGAUUAACAGACAGUUAUUAUUUGGAGUAUUUUUUCCUUAGUUUAGUGAAAAUGAAAAGGUCUAAACUUUGGCUCUUUGUAUGGAAACCAGCAGCUCUCUGAUUUAUAAACCGACCUCCUUUAUUCUGUUUCGCUCAGUAGUUAACUCUCCAUAGUCUCUCCUUCCUCUGGUGUGUUUGAUUGAUAUUAUUUUCUGUCCUCAUCAACAGGUGACUAAAGAGGAGUUUGUGAACUAUUACUGUGGAGUCAGCGCCUCCAUCGACAGCGAUGUCUACUUUAUACUGAUGAUGAAAAAGGCGUGGAAGCUCUGAACCCGAUCUCACCGUCACAUUUCUUUAUCUUUGUUUAGUUAAGCUAAUUUUUCCAUCCUGUGACUCUCUUGUGCUGAUUAAGAAAGGAGGAUCGUUUUUUCGGAAUAAAUGUGUUUUUGAACAACA